AUGGCCCAAGAGACGUUCAGUCUCGCUGACCUUCCCUGUGAGAUCCGAUCCCUCAUCUGGGAGGCCACACUGCCGCCUCCUCGCAUCUUCCACGUCAAGAGCACAGCCGAAUCCAGCCUCCAGAAGGUCCUCACCUUCCACCGGAGACACCCGCCGCCCGUUGCGCUCCACAUCUGCGCCGAGUCCCGCGCCGCCGCCCUCCGAAAGGGAGGCUUCUUCCUCGCUCCGGACGCCCGCACGGGGCCUUGGUUCAACCCGAAGCGGGACAUUCUGUACUUCGACCGCAACCAGCGCCACAUGCUUCGCUCCAAGUUUGGCAAGACGCACAUUGCCGGCUGGGAGCAGGUCUUGCACGUCGGACUGGAGUGGCGGGCCUGGUUCCGCGACGUGCCGCGGCGGACGGCGCCUGGGGACGAAGAGGUCCGCAAGCACUGGCGGAGCGUCGUCAGAGGGCUCUACUUUCACAUGCCUGCGCUGGAGAGCAUCCACUAUGUGCUUCCGCGCGUGCGGCACAAGGGCGGCGUGACUUGGGGCAGGGAGCCCUACAAGGCAGCCGAGUACGAGGCCGAGGUCGUGCGUCUGCCAGAGGAAACGGAGAUUCCGUGGGCUGGAGCAGGCAUGGGCAUCCGCAACGCGGUUCACAACGGCGCCGCGGCGGGAAAUGCCGCACCGGGAGUGUUGGUUGUGCCUGGAGCCACGGAAGGGAGCAGGACUCUGUUGACCAUGACGACGUGGGGGGAUAUCAAAGCCGAUAUGGUGGCGGCUUUGGAGGAGGAGCUGAAGGCAGAAGGAGGGGAGGAGGUGAUGGAGCUGGACUGGACAUUGGCAAAUCACGAGGAGGGCAAGGAGGAGAGCAACACUUGCGUAUUUCCAGGCAACCGGCUGCCCGAGGUCGCGGGAUGGUGGCUUGUAAGGCGAGAUGCGCCAAGAGAAGAUCAUCCCAGCAUCAGAGAGUUUCUGUAUUGA